AUGAAAGGAUCUCCAGCAUACCAGCCACUAUGUCGCGACGAGGAAGGUAAUGGCUUGCCGGAACUAGAAGCAAAAGAGAGCAUUUCAUGGGACUCCAACAGCACCGAGAUCAUUCCGACCAAUACGCGCAGCUUUGUUGCAUACUUGUCGCUUCUGCUACUCUCACUUUCAGCCAACAUCUUGUUGGUUAUGGAUAACGCCAGAUUGCGCAUCUUACACUCUCCUACCAAGAGCGAGUACAGCGGACUGACUCUCGAUACCAACGUGCCCUAUCACGCCAUGACCAGGUACUGGCACUCUAAUGCAAGCGAUAGCGACAUGGAGGCAGCAUGGGAUGCCAUCGAUACAAACGCCAUGGCGGUGGCACUUGACGACAAAUUUGUAGAGCGUCUCAGUCUGCCACCCUCCACUCCAUUUCCAUGGGACACUGAACGCAGUGUAUACUAUGUCAGGGGUGUACACGACCUACAUUGUCUAAAACUUGUUCGUAAAGCUAUAGUCUCGAAACACAAGGGCAGCGAACAACCCUUCAAUCUGCUACACAUCUACCACUGCCUAGAUAUGCUACGACAAGACAUCAUGUGUGCAGCUGAUGAUACACCAAUGCCAGCACCAUUAUCCCAUGAAGCAGGCGAUGGUCAGAACCGGAAGUGUCGCGACUGGAACAAAUUAAUCGCAUGGGCGAGGCGCCCAGAUCAGCAUGCCUGCUACGAGUUUGAUGACUAUCGCGAGACUACUAACACGCUUGAGAACUUUGCGUUUUGCCCGCCUUCAUCUCCGUAUCAAGGCGUUCAGCGGGCUUACUUUGAACACCACGGACACAAGGACCCAUAUGAGCACAACGAGAAUGCAGAAGAUGUGAUCGUAUUCUGA